AUGUCUCAUCCGGCUGAGGUUAACCUGGAUACACGUACUAAUUAUAUAUAUCUUAGCCAUGCCAGCUCUAGCCCGACUCGUCAACCAGUGCAGCAGCAAAUAGACAUUAACAGCCAUAUGAAUGAAGGGGAGUGUGAUGAUGCAAAUAGCCCAGAAAAGAGGAAUAAUGUUACCCGGGCAGAGCCCAUGGGUCAGAGUCUUGCGGCCUACGAGACUAUACUCGAAACACUAGACGACCGUGCCAAAAUAUACAGCACGUGGACCCGCGUACUAGAGGCAGCAAUUUAUACUAAUCACCAAAUAUCCAACACAGGGCCAACAUUUCCAGUAGGUAUUGAAGAGCCCAUAGACCCGAUGAUUGAGCAGACAGACUCGCCCGAAUCAUUCAAGCCAGAGUUGUUGUACAUGAUAUCGCCAGUAGCACUUGACCCCUUCAGCACGUUUGUACCAGCAGCCAAGUUACAUCGGUUAUUUGAAACCCUGCUCAACCUCUGUCGGCCUCUGUUCUUAGCCGACAAAGAAGCCUCUGAUCAGUCCAUGGCUGUUGUCAAUGACGCAGCUGCAUCAGCCAGCUUGGAAGACAAUAUUGGGCAGUUAGAUAAUAACGGGAGGCACACAUGGCCCGAUUGCGCGAAUUCUAGUAUUUAUGUCGCAGGGGAUCCAGUGGAAUCUGAAGAGACUGUUUCAAGCAUUCCCUGGGGCGAAGAACAAAUGUUAGAUCUUUUCAACAGCGAGCCGUGUCUCGAAUGGCUCGAGACGGUGUCAUUUAAUUUGGCAGAAUAA